CAGGUGGGAUGAGUUGAUUAAGCUGAAUUCUAGUUUGCAUAUUCAGGUGACCAUUAAAGAUCCCACAAAACAAUUUUGCAUCAACAGUGAGUUCCCCAGGAAGCAACACCAGCAAAAAUUUCAGCCGCUCUCUGCUUUCUGGGGCCAUGGCAAACCUUGACAAACUUUUCAAUUACAUUGAUGCUAACCAAGAGCUGUACGUAAAACGUCUUGCAGAUUGGGUGGCCAUUCAGAGUGUCUCAGCAUGGCCAGAGAAGAGAGACGAAACCCGAAGAAUGGUGGAGUUUGUGGGCAAAGAGAUAGAGAAACUGGGGGGAUCUGUGGAACUAGUUGAUAUUGGGCAACAAACGCUGCCUGAUGGAUCAAAGAUCCCUCUUCCUCCCAUCCUAUUGGCGACACUAGGCAAUGAUCCAAAAAAGAAGACAGUAUGUAUCUAUGGUCACCUGGAUGUUCAACCUGCACAAGUUGAGGAUGGAUGGGACACUGAACCCUUCACACUGGUUGAGAAAGAUGGAAAACUAUAUGGCAGAGGGUCUACAGAUGACAAAGGACCAGUGCUGGCAUGGCUGAACUGUAUUGAAGCUCUUCAAAAACUAAAUCAGGAAAUCCCUGUCAAUAUCAAGUUCUGCUUUGAAGGGAUGGAGGAAUCUGGUUCAGAGGGUCUUGAUGACCUAGUGUUUGCCCGCAAAGACACCUUUUUCAAGAGUGUGGAUUUUGUCUGUAUUUCUGACAACUACUGGCUUGGCAAGAAAAAACCCUGCAUAACAUAUGGACUUCGAGGCAUCUGCUACUUCUUUGUGGAGGUUGAAUGCUCGAACAAGGAUCUGCAUUCCGGUGUCUUUGGCGGUUCUGUGCACGAAGCGAUGACAGACUUGAUCUAUCUAUUAAGCAAGUUGGUAGACAAGAAAGGAAAAAUUCUCAUUCCUGGUAUUGAUGAAUCAGUAGCACCACUCACUGAGGAGGAAAAGGCGUUGUAUGAGAAAAUAGACUUUGAUGUGGAAGAAUAUUGCAAAGAUACAGGUGGCUGCCAACUGCUGCAUACCACUAAGGAACAAAUUCUGAUGCACAGGUGGAGAUAUCCAUGCUUGUCUUUACAUGGCAUUGAGGGAGCUUUUGCUGGUUUGGGAGCUAAAACUGUAAUUCCUAGGAAAGUUAUUGGAAAGUUUUCCAUUCGAUUGGUACCUAAUAUGGAUCCAGUAAUGGUGGAGAAGCAGGUUGUAGGUUAUAUCAAGAAGACUUUUGCUGAAUAUGGAAGUCCGAACAAACUGAAUGCCUACAUGAGUCACGGUACAAAGGCCUGGCUGGGAAACUAUAACCAUCCUCACUUUAAUGCUGGCAGGAAUGCAAUGAAAACAGUAUUUGGAAUUGAACCAGACAUGACCAGGGAAGGUGGGAGUAUUCCAGUUACCCUGACAUUCCAGGAAGCUACAGGAAAAAGUGUUCUGUUACUGCCGGUUGGAGCUGCAGAUGAUGGUGCUCAUUCACAGAAUGAGAAAAUCAACCGGUCUAACUACAUUCAGGGAAUCAAAGUGCUUGGUGCCUACUUCUAUGAACUUUCUUCUUUGAAAUAAUGACUACUGGUUUGAUAGCUUGCUGAAAUUGUUUCUAAAAUUCUAGAUCCAACGGAAUUAUUUUAGUUGUACACUAUAUGAAGGCAUUAUUACUGAAUUUAACUUGUAUCAAUAAAUAACACUGCAAUAAAAGUGUUAACUGUA